AUGCACACAGAAGUAAUGAACCAAAGGGGAAAUAAACUUAAAUUAAUUCAUAUAACUGAACUCAAAAUUCAUGUGAAAGCAACUUGCAUGCAUUAAUAAAUUAAUGAAUUAUUACAAAAGAAAACAAAGCUAGAUAUGUUUGAAUAAGAAAAGUAAAGGGAAUAACACCACAACAUGAACAUGUAGAAAGUUCAAAGAAGAAUCCAACUAUCUGAAAAUAAGGCAUAUCCCAGGAUAUGCUUACUUCGAUUUAAGGAAACGUAGAUGGAGAAAAUGCAGAGAGCAUAAUAGUAACAUUAUCCUGGAUCAUAUUAAAGAGCAUUUAGCACCAUCCCCCUAAGACUGAUGUGA